UUCAUGGUAAUAUGAAGUUGAUUAUAUUCGAGCAACAUUUUUCCUAAGUAGGGUCUGGAUAAAUCCUUGCUGGUGGUCUUGGUAAUUGAUAGAUAAUGAUUCAUGCUGUUUAUUUCGUGCAAUGAAUCUUCAGCAAGUAUGACAGCAUUAAAGGAGGUUCAUCAGAUGAUGCUGUUGGCGUGUGUUGUGUUGUGGAUAUGUAUACAAGGUAAUAAUGGGGCAUCCAGCACAACGACCCCAUCCCCGAUAUUAAUGACGGACUUCCAGGUGACCAACAUCCACGAGGACAAGCAGAUUGAGGAGGACAUCGCCACGGUUGGAUGUUCGGACUCCGUGAGCGGGGACGGCACGUGUCCGGUUUGCAACAUCAAAUCGAUGUUUCCCCAAGGCGGCCCAUUCCGCGUGUGGCGGAAAUACGGGAAUCAAGAUUUCCACGUAUAUUAUGUUGGCGGGGCCGCCACCGAUGGCCUUGACUACAACGUGGCACGCACCUACAACAUCACCAUUGAAUGUACGUCAGCUGACGAAACGACAACCGUCACGAAGAUACUAGAAGUUGAUGUCCAGCCCAACCAGCCGCCCUUCGUGUUUGAUAACCCAGGGGUAACUCUGUCAUACGACGCUCAAGUGAACACGGGAGUGGGCUGGACCGUGUACGACAUCAACGUGAGAGACAAUGAGUCUGACCCCAUCACUUACAUCUGGAGCACUGAACCCGUCGUAGAUUACUUCGACAUUGGGCAGAGCGACGGCAUUAUUCAAGUCGUGAAAGAUCUCAGGACGGCCGUUGUGGAUGUCGUGGCAAUAAAGGUCAACGUCUCAGACGGCCAUAACGUCGUUGGUCCAUUCACCGUCUCUGUACAACUGACAAAUCUGAACUCUCGCCCUGUAUUCACCAACCUCCCCACCAAUGUGUCCGUGUAUGAAGACCUAUCCGGGGGCUCCACCAUCUACACACUGUCCUACGUUGAUUAUGACCUAUACUCGACCUUGACCCCUGUCUGUUCCGUCACCCCGGACAACGAAAACUACAAAUUUGUCUAUCUCACCGGGGCUAAACGGAUACAGCUGGCAUCUCUGACGACAGAAGGCAACCUCCUGGAUUUCGAGACGACGACAUAUUACAACAUCUCUUGCCUCAUCAAUGACGGUUACCUCGACUCCGUCGGCGGAUAUAUCAACCUGUUCGUUCUCAACGUCAACGAGCCACCCGAAUUCAACGACCGAGUGUACUACUGCAUAAUGAAUGAAAACUAUCAAAACGUCGGUGCAUGUGAUCUGAGCGGACUGACUGUGUCUGACCCAGAAGGCAAUAGCAUCAUCGACUACAGGUUGUUAACUGGUAACAACAGCGAGCGCUUUCAGUACGACAACGCAAAGAAACAGCUGGCUUUCAAUGUAGAUUACGACGUAGAUGCAGCAGCAAUGCCAACAAGCGUCCGCCUGACGUUAGCUGCCGUUGACGACCAGUCGGCUACAGGGACAGCACAGAUUCAAAUCAACGUUAUAGAUGUCAACGACAACGCUCCUUCCUUUGCUACAAGUGUCAACGCCUACAGCGUUACGCAAGGUCAAGCCGUAGGCGCGAUCGGAAGGAUUACCGCUACAGACGCCGAUCUUACGUCACCAAACAACGACGUGACGUUCACCGUAACUGGCGGUUCUUUCUCUAACUACGUCUCUGUACUCGGCAAUGGACAGGUGAUCUACGCUAAUGAGUUCGACACCUCGUUUUCUGGCAAGAGUGAGUUGGUAUACGUUGAGGCAAAAGAUGGCGGUAGUCCUGCAAAGUCGACAACAGCCACAGUUAUCGUUUCAUUUCAGACUACCACAUCAACAACUACAACCACAACUACAACUUCUACUCCCACCACGACCCCUACCACAACAACCACCACACCUAAACCAGGGUUCUUUGAUUACACUGAGAACAUCGUGUUGUUUUGUUUCUUGAUGUUCCUCCUCUUGUUACUGGUAUUGGCAGCGCUCUAUCUUCUCUACCGCUACUGCUACAUGCCCUCUGGUCCAGCCGGGGCAGGAAAGGGCACUUCACUCUGUGAAUCGUUAAGUGGUGAAGGAGGAGGAUGUGAUGACUGUUUCAGACCAAGCCAAGCGAACAGAGUCCAAAACCAACCAAGGAAUGACUACCCGAUGAGACAGCAGCCACCGCGCAUUAACGGGGACUACAAAGACCCGUUCUGGAAGUCGGAUGACCAUUACGAGAAUGGCGCCAUUGCGAGGAUUUUCUGAGCCUUUUGAAUCAUCAAAUGGCCAACAAUGUGGACUCCCUUUGCUUAAGAGCCCACUGAAGUAGCAGUAGUAUCUAUGACGAACAUGAUACACAUGUGUGUAUGUUAUAGAUCGCGUAUACGAAUAAACAAGUCCUAAAAAGU